CUUAACACUGUGGUUAACUCAAACUCUUUGUUAAAAAAAACACUAUGGUUAACUCUUAAUAACACUUCCCUUGCUUUCGACUUCAUCCAAACAGGCAGAUAUCAGAGAAUGCCGGUGAAUUUCUACCCACCCGUAAAACUCUGACCUGGUAGCAGGAGGCAGAGAUCAGAGGGAGAAGUUACGCAUCACAGGGCGAUGGCCGGAGACCUCUUUGAAGAUCUGCCACCGCCCCACGCUUCCUCUAAUACAGGAGUCUCCGGGAGCUCCCCUGCCGCAACUUCAGUUACUCAUGUAGGAGCUUCCCCUGCACCACCUCCAAUAUGCAACCCUGCACUUAAGAGCGCUCUCAAACGUCCGAAGCCACCUCAGGAAACCCCACCUGAAAAUUCUGCCUCUGUAAAACGACUGAGAUUCAAAACCACCACCGAUGCAUCUGAAAGUCAAGUAAUAGAAGCUAUGGAGAAGAUAUCAUCACAUAUAAAGAACCCCUCAAAGUUCAAUAAGGCAUCAAAGCUUGCAAUCCAACUUAUUCAGGCUGGUAGUGUUAAACCCUCAACUAGUGAACAUUUCUUUGCUAUACUUGAGGCUGCAAUGUCAUCUCCCACCACCUGCAAUGAGCCAUCAGUACGAGCUGAUUAUCAUGCAUUGCUCUCUGCAUCUCAAGAUGUUGUUGAGUGCCUCCCAAAGAAGCAGCAAAGUUUAUUUACCGUCUGGACAAUCAGGGCGAUCGUGGCCAAUGAUCUCUUCACUGAUGACAGUUUUGUGUUUUCAAAAGCUACUGGGAAAAUAAAAGAAGGCAUUUCAAACCUUCCACUCGCAACAAAAGAUGAUGACAUAGACGAAGCUGCUUCCUUGGAGGAUAAGACACGGGCAGAAAAUGCCAACGGGCAGAAUCCUGACACUUCAUCUGAAGUAACAAUAGUAAAUAAUAAAGAGGAGCAGGACCCAUUUGGCCUGGAUGCUUUGAUUCCAAGCACGUCAAAAAAAGAUGGGAAAGGAAAGGUGCCCAAAGAAAGGAAAGAAGCAGAGGAUGCCAGGAGACUCCUCAAGUCAAAACGAGAAGCAUGGAUUUUGUGCUUGGAGAUAGCAGCAAAACGCUACAAAACCCCAUGGUGCCAAACAGGAAUAGACAUCUUAGUGAAGCAUGCCUUUGAUAAUGCGUCCAGGUUCACCUCCAAACAACGGGAAGCCAUUGGCAAACUGUGGGCAUCUGUAAGAGAGCAGCAGGUGAGGAGGAAGCAUGGUAAAUCAGUGUCUGGCAAGCUGGACGUGAAUGGAUUCGAAUGGCUCCAGGAGAAAUAUGCAAAUGAGAAGAUAAGUAUUCGCCACUCGGUUGGUGCCAGUGGUGAUAGGAAAUGUACACAGUGGCUUGGUUGAUCCAUAUAAUUCAUUAUCCUCUGUAAUACUUGUUCAUUGUGAUCAUAUCUGCAAUUACCAAAAUGAUAGGCCGUGCUUACUGUGACAUACUUUUUUAAGGGUACUGUGAUAUACUUAAUGAGUUACUGAUACUGAUUUUCAAUUGUUAUGGUUUAGCGUUUAAUCUUGAGUAGAACUCUUGGACACUUGUGGGCUUGUGGCUGUCUAUAUGUGUAUUCUUUAUAUGUUUAUUUUAAACAUAAAUAAAAAUUCAGUGUCUUUUGUAUU